AUGCUUAAAAAUUGGUUUCUUGUUGGUUGGAGCGCGGUUUAAGUGAUACUUGGACUUUACUCAAUUGGCCUGCUAUUUGGUAGCAUUCCAUUCAAAGUGGUCUUGCUAUAUGUGAAUCUUGGAGUUAAAAUUCUUGUAGCCCUAUUCCUGUCUAUUGCAGUAAUUUGGCUUGCUUAAUCUCUUGUAAUUUUCUUGGCUAGUCAAGAUGAGACUACUUAAAAGAAUGCUCUCUGGGGACUUUUAUAUCAACUUGGACUAACUGUGCCUAGUUUGUUAUUUAUGGCUCCUUUCUGGUUUUAUUUAGAGGAGCUAGCAUUGUAUAUAAAGAAAUACUAUCCAGCUCUCGCCAAUUUCACAGCUUAAGUGUUGGCUCAAAAAAUGAUAAAUGGAGAUAUAGAUUAGAAUGGAAAAAUUAUUAAAAAUCAAAUUACUCUACAAUAAACCUAUUAAACUAAAAAAAUGCUAGCUACAGAUACAAAUAAUAACCAAUCUUAAUUGAAGAUAAUAUUCAUAUGA